GCGCGGGGUGGGCUGCGCGGGGUGCGCUGACAUGAAGGAGACGUGCGGUACUUCUAGGAGGCAGAGCCAGCCGCAAAGACAUUAUGGACUUACUUCUCCAAUUAGCUUGGCUCCUCCUGAGGAUAUAGAUUACACUAGUACUGAGGAGCUAGUUGAAGCUAUGAAGCCCUUUGGAGUAUUUGAAGAUAAGGAAGAACUGAAUCACAGGAUAUCUCUUCUUGGCAAGCUAAAUAACUUGGUCAGAGAAUGGAUUUCAGAAGUCGGAGAGAGCAAAAAAGUUCCUGCUUCAAUAAUAGAAAAUGCUGGUGGCAAAAUAUGUACAUUUGGUUCUUACAGACUUGGAGUACACACUAAAGGUGCUGACAUAGAUGCUGUUUGUGUUGCUCCUAGAUAUGUGGAAAGAUCGGAUUUUUUUCAGUCAUUUUUUGCAAAACUUAAACAGCAGGAGGGAAUAAAAAAUCUAAGAGCAGUUGAAGAUGCUUAUGUACCAGUUGUCAAGUUUGAGUUUGAUGGCAUUGAGAUUGAUCUUCUGUUUGCAAGACUGUCUAUGCAAACUGUUCCUGAUAAUCUUGAUCUCAGAGAUGACUCGUGUCUGAGAGGCCUGGAUAUAAGAUGUAUACGGAGCUUAAAUGGCUGCAGGGUUACUGAUGAAAUACUACAUCUAGUGCCAAAUAAAGAGAACUUCCGGCUCACACUCCGUGCAAUUAAACUGUGGGCAAAACGACGUGGCAUCUACUCCAACAUGCUGGGAUUUCUUGGUGGGGUUUCCUGGGCGAUGCUAGUAGCAAGAAUAUGUCAACUCUAUCCAAAUGCUUUGGCUUCUACUCUUGUUAGCAAGUUCUUCUUGAUUUUUUCAGAAUGGUGAACCCAGCAGACCGGUAUCACGUAAUGCCUAUCAUUACCCCGGCCUAUCCACAGCAGAACUCUACAUACAAUGUAUCUACAUCAACACGAGCAAUAGUGGUAGAAGAGCUAAAAUACG